GCUUCGAAUCAGGGGCUGCUUUCAGAGAAGCACGCAGUGCUCUCUCGUCUCGCGAGCCGGGAGAACGAGAGAGAACGUGCGUAUUGGACCGCGAAAAGAGGGUAGUCCUCGCGUGUUCUCUUCCCAGGUGUUUUCACUCUCGCGUGCCCCUCGUUCCCGCCAAAAAAGUACGAAGUACCAAAAGGAGAAAAUUGCGGAAAUCACCAAUCAACAUCUUGUACCCCUUUCCUUUCUCCCUUUCCCUCCCCCUCCUCCGCCGCACCCUUGCCUCGUUCUUUGCUGUUCAUCUCCGUAAAAUCUGGACGAGGCAUUCGGGGAUGAGACGACAGCUGAUUAACGCGUCGGGAUUUAAGAGCAGGUGGAAGAUCAGGGCUAACGCUCGAGACUGACAACGUGAUCUUUCGAGAUUGCAUUUACUUCCGAUACAUUUAGACGAUUCGUCACGUUCUCCUGAGAGAAGCGACGCGCUCAGCAGAAAAAAAUCACCAUCGUAGUUUAACGAGGCAUCGAUGAUUAACGAAACGAUAUCGAUGAUCGGAAAACGAGACACCCGACACAGAAACGCGUCCUUAAGAGCGACACUGGGUGGAAAAGAUGACGCAUUUCUCGCACGAAAGGACAACGGAUCAAGAAAAAGCAUUUUACGCGUCAUCAAGUGUCGCCCAGGAUCAUCGGCCGGCCAACUAGACACAAAAGUGCUCGGCGAAGAGUAAGAGCGAAUCGGGAAGAGAAAGGGAGAGAGGAAGCUGCUGCAAAGAAGGCGAAGAAAAUCGCCGGGCGAGAAGAAAGCAGAAGAGACGAAAGAAAUGGCCGCCGGCUCAGCAGUAGCGAUGAUCGGAGCUAAUCUGAGGUUCGGCAUCGGCGCUUCCGGGAAUGUCACGUCCAACGCCACUAAGGUGUUCCAGUGUCAUCCCGGUGGUAUGACCGAGGCCACUGUCAUAUUUAGCCUCGGUGCAUUGGGGAUGGGGGCGAAUAUCAUCCUCAUGGCGCUAAUACUGGCGAAGCGACAGCUGCGCAGAUGGUCCCAGGGAUUGUUAUUCCACCAAGCCAUGGUAGACUGCGCAAGAGCCGCUAUAUUGUUGCCUCUUGGCUCUAGUAUAUUGAAUUGUCAGCCAGUUAACAAGUGCUCCCUAGUCGAGACUGCCUUUCUGUUGCUGGUGACCGUUUCCACGGUAAAUAUGCUAACAACCGUGUUAAACGACAGCCCGGUAUUUCCAGAGAGCGACGAGGAGGCAGAUCUCGCCGCUCCUCUACUGAUGGACUCGCCCCAGUGCGUGCUCUUUGGCACUUUCAUGAUCUGGUUCGCCAGUAUAACGAUAAAUUUGGGGCCUACGUUUCUCAGCGGAGCUUUAGCGGCUAACACGGAGAGCGGGCACAAUACGCCUAGUUGCCCAUUGAUACAUGGCCCUUUUCGUCACUAUAUACUCAACGUUCUCUGGAUUGUCAUCAAUAUCAUUUGCGUGGCGCUCACGCUUUUUCAUUUGAGAAAAUUGCACAGGGAUUUGACGAAAGCUAACGUCGAAGCGGUACGAGUAGCUGGCCUUGUCACAACGCUCGUUAAUGUGACAGGUGGACAUCAGGGUGCAACUAAUGCGCUUGCAACCGAAGACAGUGUGGUUGACACGAGAAACGGCACGACGCCGAAAAGGACAGGCGCCGUCGAGGAGCAUCGGAAAAUGAGGAAUUACCUUAGAAGAAUGGAACGCGAAGGCGUGCAAAGGGUGAAAAUGUUCCUGGUCAUAACGGCAGCAUACGUCAUAUUCUGGGGACCAUUGUUUUUCGUUACCUUAGUGCACCAUCCUGUUAUAGGCAAUCCUACGGGUGUCGAGGUGACUCUGCACAUUGCAUAUGUACAUGCCUUCGUAAACCCGGCUCUGUUUCUCGCCCUACAUCGGGGGUUACGACAGGGCAUGUCGGACGUGUGUUGCGGCUGCUGUGAAAGCAUAGCUCGAUGGAUCCUUGGAUCCACCGCCACUAGUCCGAUACAAAAUGUCACGUUACCUCGAUACGGGGCGCCGAUGAAUCUACCCUCACCGCCGGGUCCACCCUUAGCGGCGCCAGUUGCGCCGUCAGGAUGCAAUCUUACCGAUGUGGCGCUCCUAAAACCACCCCUGCCACCGACUGCCAAACACUUACUGGUGGACAAUUCUAUCGCGGUACCCGAUCCCUGGAGUUUGACUUCAAGACCGAAGAGCACCUCCAGUCUUUACGAAGAGGAAUUGUCUAGAAGACCGAGCCUUCUGCUGCCCCCACCUGCAGAAUUGAACGAUCUCCAAAUGAGUCCGACAAGUAGCGACUUGCCCAGCGAAUAAACGAGCAAAUCAAUUGUAAAAAAAUUAACAACGCAUCAGAAGACGAUAACGUUAAUUGAUGACGUUAAUUGGCUACAAUGUAAGAAAAAAUAAUCGCAAAAAUGAUAAAAAUAAAUUUUUCGGGAAAAAACCUUCCUAUAAAAUCCUCUC